AUACUGAUUUCUUUACGAAUAUAUGCCCACAAAAUAUACCUAUAUCUUUAUUAUCACACAUCUCCCCUUGUUCCAAACCUAUCGAAACAACACAUUACCAUCAGUUCGAUGUUUUACUUGCUUCAGGACUAAACUGGCUGCCCCAACCAGAAAAACAAACUAUAAUAUAUUAUUCUGCGGUAAUUGAGCCAUUAUACCGAAACGAUCUGGAUUUUUAUGCGGCCAAGUACUGCCACCCGCGCAGCAUACCCAAACCCACUUUGGAGUAUACUUUUUUUCUAUCUGUUAAAACCAUAUUGCUGGGAAACUGUAAAGUAUCUACUUGACUGCUGAUUCGGAUAGUAAAUUUAGGGAUAGCAAAUCAAAUUAAGAACAAAUCUGAAAAAGAAAACAUUUCCCUCAUCACUAUUUCCAUACAAAUGAAUGAAAUGUAUCAUGGACAUAUUUAAAUAGAGUUAUUAGUCCUUUUUUAAGCUUACAAUGAAAAAUAUAUGUUUUCUACUGCCCGUUUUGUAGUAAAAUGAUAUCGAUUCCCUAUGAAAAAUCUGAUCACAUUGCAUCUGUUUAAUUAAACGUAAACAAACACAAGGCCUAAAUAAACAGUGCUACACUCUAUUUGCUGUAAUAUUGGAAUUGACACAAUAAAUGCUGCAUUCAAUAUUGUCACAAAGCCCUGAUACCUCAGGUUAAACUCUUUUGCUGUGUCACUGCCUGCCGUACUGAUAAGCAACCAGUGCAAUAGCGCUGUUCUCUCAUCGUGGCUUCGGUAAUACCACAUUGAGCAGAAGUAUUAUUUGUUUAGCAGGUAUUCAAAAAGCUUCGCUAUCAGUAGAAAUAAGCGUCAAAUUCUACAGGGCUGUAUACAUGAUAUUUUGUGGGCAGGCAGUAGACGCACACAAAAAGCAAACAAAGCUAUCCUAUCACUGUGCUGAAAGCAAAACUAGAAGGGACCAAUUCAACUGUAUGUUCGCAUAGCAUUUGCUGUAAAAAAACCGUGGUACAUCAAAUUUUAUUUUAAAAUUUGGUAUACUGUGUGUUUCUAAACUCAACUAACUUCGUAAUCCGUGUGUGAUCGUGUGUGAGUGUGUGCCGUUAUAAGACACUGGUGCGCAAGCGCACAACGCACACAAACAUACGACUACGUACAAACUGUUAUCAAUUACGGCACGCGAUGUCGCACGGCAUAGUAGGCGGGGGAGCAGGGGCAGCAGCGGCAGCAGUUGUCGAUAGCAGCAAUCUUAACGCACAAUCCGCCACCACAGAAUAUCGCGAAAUACACUGGACAUCGAAUGUCAUGGAUUCUUCACGCGUGUCUACAUGUCUUAUAUCGAUGCUUUUGAUCGUCUAUGGCAGCUUUCGUAGUUUGAAUAUUGAACAAGAGGCACGUGAACGUGAACAAAAAAAGCGUAAUGAAUCGACGAUGAAUCUUUUAACUGGCGAGCCCGUGGAGCAAGAGACGAGUAAAUUUGCCACAUUGGAUACAAUGCAUGCAUUGUGUUUACCACUUGGUGCUUCUGUCUCACUGCUGGUUAUGUUUUUCUUUUUCGAUUCAAUGCAAUUGCUGUUCGCUGUGUGUACAGCAAUUAUUGCCACGGUGGCUUUAGCUUUCCUGCUAUUGCCCAUGUGCCAGUACAUCAUUCGGCCAUGUACUGAUGGCAAUCGCAUAUCAUUUGGUAUAUGUGGUCGUUUUACAGCAGCUGAACUAUUUAGUUUUGCACUCUCUGUGUCAAUUGUAUGCAUUUGGGUACUCACCGGCCAUUGGCUACUCAUGGACGCUAUGGGUAUGGGAUUAUGUGUGGCAUUUAUCGCAUUUGUGCGCCUACCAAGUCUGAAAGUAUCUACCCUCUUGCUUACCGGCCUAUUGAUCUACGAUGUUUUCUGGGUUUUCUUUUCAUCGUAUAUCUUCAGUACGAACGUCAUGGUUAAGGUGGCUACAAGACCUGCUGAUAAUCCGGUGGGUAUAGUAGCGCGAAAACUAAACCUGGGCGGCAUUGUAAAGGAAGCACCGAAACUUAACUUGCCAGGUAAGCUGGUUUUUCCCAGCAUACACAAUAGCGGGCAUUUUUCGAUGUUGGGUUUGGGUGAUAUUGUUAUGCCGGGAUUGCUGUUAUGUUUUGUAUUACGCUAUGAUGCAUACAAAAAAUCGCAAGGCAUUACCACAGAUCCAACGUUGCAGCCACCGAAAGGAGUCGGGUCGAGGCUUACCUAUUUUCACUGUUCCUUAUUGGGCUAUUUUCUUGGUCUACUAACCGCUACCGUUAGCUCGGAAGUUUUCAAAGCAGCGCAGCCGGCAUUGUUGUACUUAGUGCCGUUUACGUUAUUGCCGUUGUUGACUAUGGCCUACCUUAAGGGCGAUUUGCGACGUAUGUGGAGUGAACCGUUUAUCGCACAACAAGCAACAAAACAACUGGAGGUCUGAGUGCUUAAACUAUGAUUUUCUUGGAUUGCGUUCAGCCAGCGUUAUUUGUACUGGAAAUUAAAUUAUUUACAAUAAGUUUUUUUUUAUAUUUUAAGUAUAACGAUAGACAUCUACAUAUGUACAUAAAAUGACCAUAAGAUUGCGUGAAGGUGGGGUUGUGAAUAUCACGUAGUAUGAUACAAACAAAUGAUACAUCAAGUAGAGUUCAAGAUGAUGUAGAAUCUUUUUUAGUUUGCUGCUAUUAUAAAUUUUAAUAUUAUUUUACAGAGGAUAUAUUGAAAUAUCAUAUUACUUUAUGUUAAACUUUCAUUGGAGUUAAUAUAUUAAAAUUUAACUGUAAUGCGCUCAGAUAUCAAAAUGAGAUUCAAUAAUAAUAAUAUUUAUAGUCUUUACAUACAUAUAUACAUACAUACAUGAAUACAACCCCGUACUAAAUCGAAAUGCAAGCCAAAAUUUAGCGCACUUGAAAUCUAUAUAUUACAGUAAUGUAGACGUAUGAUUACAUACAUAUUUACAUACAUUAGUACAUACUCUCACAUACAUAAUUUAACACAUAUACACGUACAUAUAUCAUCUCACUAGAAUUUAUAUUGGUAAAUUCUAAAUAAAUUUAUGAACAUGAA